GUAUACACUGCUUUGACAGGACAACUUGUUCAUAUGUAAAUUCAACAGUAAAUGUACAGUUGAAGACAAACAUUAAUUUCCAGUCAGAGUACAAUAAUCCUUCUUCACUGCUGUACAAAAAUCUCAAGGAGGACAUGGAAACUGAGACUCGGACCUUUUUUGUCAACAUGCAGAAUCUGAAGUCUGUCAAGAUUUUAGGAAUAAGUGAGAGCAGUACUGUGUUUAAUGUACAAGUGAAGUUUAACACAAAUCUCACAGUGGAUUUGGAGGCUGAGUUGAGUACAGCUCUACAGAACAUGUACCAAACAGGAGUACAGCUACAGGGAACUAAAUAUACUGUACUACAAAACCCUGUUAUAUCUGUACCUUAUAACCCUGCCCCAUGUUUACUUUGUCUUUCCACUGAAAGAUGCCACAUCCUUGUGGAUAACAGCUAUGUAUGCAGAGCUUCUCAAACUGGUUCACCUGUACCAUAA